AUGUUAAAGGCCGCAAACACAAGAAGCGUAUCGAUACGCUUCAUCGAUAUUACCGCGGAAAAUCGGUACCCCAAUGUAACCACGAUCUUCACACCUCGUCAGUUCGCCAAGCUGUGUACCGUGCUCGACUUUGCAUGCCCGGGAGCAUCGAAACUUUUGGGGGACGUCUCCCGGCAUCGCUACAUGAACAGCACCAUCAGCUGGCUGCUGCUAUCACGAAACACAACCCGUGAAUUGGCCACACUGUUGCAACGUACGCUUUGGAACGUAAGCGGAAUUCAAAUGAACUCGGAUCUGAUUACAGCGGUGGAAACGGCCGAGCAGGAGGUGUUUAAUGUGUUCGAUAUCUAUUCGAAAGGGCGCCAUCUUUGCAAAGAUAUCUACCAAACGUUGUUAGGAAAGUGGAGUAAUGAAAGUGGCAUACGGUUGACGUCGAACGAUAGCACGUACCAGAUUCGGCGAAACUUUAACUUCCUGCAGCUGCGCGGUGUAACUGUGAUCGAUCGAGAAAAUGUAACAUCCGAUCAGGUAGAUCGGCUGCUGAGCGAACCCGGUCUCACCAAGGGAAUAGUGGCUUUCGUCAAGUAUCACUAUGCGCUGUUGGUGGUGUUGCGAGAUUUUCACAACUUCACCAUCAAAUAUCGUCCAACGCGUGGUUGGGCUGGUCGGCUACGGUCGGGGUACCGGCUGGGGUUGCUGGGAGUGGUGCAGCGUCACGAGACGGACGUCGCUGCCACGGGUAUCAUCAUGCGAUUGAGCCGUCAGCCGGAACUGGACUCGAUCCACUACAGCUGGGCGUUUGAAACUGGUUUCAUCUACAAAAUCACACCGGACAUCGGGAGCAAAUCGGAAGGAAACGGUUUCGUUGCUCCAUUUUCGCCAUCUGUUUGGGUUACCUUUCUGCUGUCGCUCGCACUAUCUGUGGUGGUGCUCAAGUGUCUGGCCAAGCUUUCCGAGCGUAGCCCGUUCCAGCACAGCGAACGAACGCGGGCCACGAUGGCGUACGUGCUGGACGUGAUGUCGUGCGUCGCCCAGCAAGGUGUUCCGAACGUUUCGCGUUUGGUUCCGGCGCGAGUCGCCGUGAUGGUGCUGCUGGUCGCUAAUUUGGUGCUGUACAACUACUACACCUCCACGGUCGUCAGUGGGCUGCUGAGCUCGAAGAUGAUUGGCCCGGAAAGCAUCCCGCAAGUGAUCGACAGUCCGCUGAAACUGUCCCUCACCGACACGGGCUAUCAUCGAAUUCUGCUCAGGGAACAAACACUACCGUACAGUACACGCAUGCACGAUCGGAAAGCUUUACCGCCCCGAUCGCCAGACGACCUGCCACUGUUUACGGACGUGGAGCAUGCGGUGCCGUAUCUGAGACGCGGCGGACACGUGCUACACUGUGAGCUGACAGAAGUUUAUCCCACAAUCGCCAAUCAGUUCACCGCCAAUGAGAUAUGCGAGCUAAGAACGGUUGAAGGGUUGUACAAGUACGAUAUUCGUGUGAUGGCGUUCGUGCUGCCAAAACACAGCAUGUACAGUGAGCUGUUCAAGAUCACGUUGAUGCGAGCACAGGAAACGGGCAUCGUAAAGCGGAUUUAUAGGAUCCACAAAAUAGCAAAGCCAAUCUGCCAAGGAAGUGCAACGGUCUACUCGGUGGAAUUGACGGAGGUUUCUCUAGCGUUUAUUAUAUUGGGAGUCGGCAUCGCACUAUCGGGGUUAAUUUAUCUGGUGGAAAAACGGGAAAGCAGAAUAAUGUUUCAGUUUUUGACAGUUUUUGUAUGCUUUUGGACCACCUGCUGGAGUUUUAGUUUGCAAGUGGAAAUGCUUAAAGCCAUUCUAUUGCACAAGCAUACGAAUCAGGCGUUAGUAGUGGGUUGUAACGUAGACUUCAUGUUGCUUGCAAAGGAGUUGAUACUAGAUGGUGUUUAUGUCCGUUCCGAGCGGCACUUUGAAAGCAAUGAAACAAUUUCAACAAUCUCAUCGACUCUUUCAAAAUCAUCUGAAUCGUUUACGAUAAUAGCUGACAUUGACUGUCCUGCGGUUCAAACUUAUUUUGAAGAGGACUUUUCUGAAGCGCACUUCGAUGGAUUUCGUACUUGGAUAUUACUUGCAAACGAGUUUACCUUGCAAGACCUUAGUUUGCAAAAGAAAGCUGCACUUUGCUUGCGGCUCGACUCAGACGUUCUGUGGGUCCAGCAAGGCACAAACGAUUCACUGUAUCAUCUGAUAGAUCUGUAUGCAAUCCAGAACAAACAUUGUGAAACAUUUCGCACGGCUCACCUUGGACAUUGGAGACGCGGGUCAGGACUGCAUAUAAUUGAUGGCUUUAGCAAAGUGAAGCUGAGAUCUAAUUUUCAUCGAAUUGUGCUUCGUGGAUUACGUUUGCCUUCUUCUACCGCUGGUAGUUUAUUGACAACAGAAUGGCACGAUUAUUACACACGACAAAUGCUUGGCCACGAGCAGUUCCACCUUGCGCUUUUAAAAUAUUUACAGGAAGUUCAUAGCUUUUCAGUAGAGUAUGAUCAACCGAAUAAAGAUCUGUUAACGAUCAUUGAUAACUACGAUGUGGUAGGGUCAGGAAUAUUUCAGAGCUUGCAUGAGAAGCCAUUAAAUGUUCAAAUAUUGAUUCAAUCCUGGAUGUACAAGUUAGGGUUUAUCUUUCGUCUCACACCCGAGCUAAAUGGAGCGACACAAGAAUUUACAUACUUUUCCCCGUUUACUAAAACAACAUGGUACAGUGCAGCUGCUAUUUUUGUUCUAGUGCUGGUUGUUUUACAGUGCCUGACCAUAUUCCACAAGGAGCUGUCAGCGUGCGCUGCGAAUCACUACUUGAUCGACCUGAUCGGUUUGAUUGCUCAGCAAGGCACAACGCAAAGAUCGACAACAAUAUCACUACGAAUAGUGCUGUUUGCUGUUUUGGUAAUGAAUUUCCUACUGUACAACUAUUACACGGCCUCCAUCGUUGGUGAGUUGCUUAGCAGCUCAAAUCAGGGUCCGAUGACACUGGAUCAGCUAGUAAACGCUCCACUAACGAUAGUGUUUAAUAAUGAUUCAUACAAUCGAGCACUAACGAAGCUGAAUACGACUACCAUAAUGGACGGUGCAAGCUACGCAGAUAUCCCUACAGCUGUUCGGCUUCUAAAACAGGGUGGUUUCGCUUUUCAUUGCGAGAUGACCGAAGCUUUUCGAGAGAUUGGUGACCAGUUUGAUGCAAAAGAAAUUUGCGAACUACGCACGAUGGAAGGGCUUUACAGUGAGCUUCGAUUGAUGAGUUUCGUGUUACCGAAGAAAAGCAUGUACACGGAGCAGUUCAAAUUGACGCUAAUGCGGGCAAAGGAAGUUGGCAUUGUAAGACGUUUGUUGGCAAAGUACAGCAAUGACAUCCCAACAUGCCAAGGUGGAGCCUUGGUUCAUCCAGUUGUUUUAAAAGGAGUUACAAUACCUUUCAUUGUACUAAGUGGUGGUUUUGCUGCAUCCUUCGUUCUACUUGUGCUCGAAAAGAUCACUUACGCUAUGCAAACAAUACACUUAAUGUAAUAUGUUGCAAGUAAUAAGAUUUCGAGGCGAGGCGAUCUUCGGUAAGUUUAUUAAUCACCUGUUUAAAAUAGCACACUGAACCAUGCACACAGGCGCAACUUACCCUCACGCCACUAUUACGACAGGAUUUUUUUCCACCUGAUACUAAACUGUUCCAACUGGUGCGAUAGAGUGACCACGCGCAACUGAAACCAGUUGCAGUGGGUUAUGUGUGUUCCGCAUUUAAAACUAGUUCAAAGUCUGGAUCGUAAAAUUUCGCUCGAUUACACACUCGCUAUCGUGCACGUUGUCAUUGUACUCUUAAUCUGCCCCUGGUACACUUUGUGCACCGAGAGUAGUAGCCAUCUAGUCAACUGGUCAUCAUCGGGUUGCUUCAACGGACUAGGUGCAUUAAACGACGGUGGCAUCCGUUCGCUGCUAAUUUCCCCCCGCUAACACGAAACACGGAGGACAAUAAAAUCCGUCAAGUAACGGUGCUGGCAACCAGCUGGUAGUCAUCAUCACUCGCCCCACGUUACAUUAACCACGAUCGACCAGACGCAACCUUUGUGAGUAACACUCUCCGCAUGCACAUCUCUUGCAACUGUUGGAAACUCGCCGAUACUACCGGAAAAAAGUGCUGCAAUCAAAGGAAAGGUUGUAGUCUGCAUGCAAGCUUGUACGCAGCGCAGAGAUAUUUAAAAAUCGUUUAUAUGACAUGUUAAAUGCUCACGCGCGCAGCACAUUCUUGCCGUCCGCACGUUAAUGGACUUUCUCGGCUUUGCAAUAGAAAUGUUAAGUAAAUUAUUUGACUGCUCGGUUGU